CUUGGUACUGCUCCUGGCACGGAGAUUUUUGGAAAUAUAUUCUCCCUCUUGCCAGGAGAGUUGUUAUUUCGGAUGAAGGAUCAAUCAAUGGAGACCAUCAUGAAUAACGACACAGGUUCCCGAUCUGGCUGGUUCAAGGCCGCUCUUGAGGGGGUUUUGCUGAAGAGGGGAGUUGAUCGCGGGGUUGUGCUGGGGGGUUUGGUGCUCUGGAUGAUUGGGUGGAUGGUGUGGAAGAGCUAUUCUUUGAGGGUGAAUGUUGACGCAGUGGGAGAUUCUCCGGGCCCAUUUGGAGGUUGGAGAGCGAUGUUCAAGUACUUUGAUCAUGGGAGCGAUUGGAUUACGGAGGGCUAUAAGAAAUACUCCCACACCGGCAAGACUUUCAAAGUCCCCACCAUAGCACGCUAUAUCGUCUUUCCAACCUCGCCAAAGCUUCUGGAGGAAAUGAUGGCUGAGCCAGAACACAUUUUAUCAUUCGACGAAGCGCUGACCGAAAAAGUAGCUGUAGAAUGGACGCUCCACCCAAGCAUCAAGUACGACACGUAUCAUUUAAAACUCAUCCGGACCAAACUCACCCAGCGCCUCAGCAUCGUAUUACCUGAAGUCAUGGAUGAACUAACACUUGCUUGGGAGGAGAGCACCAAUAUUGGGAAAGAGUGGACAAAGGUCCGGGUAUGGGACGUGAUGUUGCAGAUUGUGGCUAGAACUAUAAAUCGGAUGUUUGUCGGUGUCCCGUUAUGUCGGGACCAAGAAUAUCUCGACAACGUCAUCCAAUAUACCGUCAAGGUUGUCAAAGCAGGAGCAAUACUUGAUAUCCUCCCGAGGAUAUUCAGAGCCCCCCUCACAAACCUGAUUAUGCAGAAAUCCCACCACUACGCAAUGAUGCGCAAACACGUGGGCCACAUAUUUAGCGAGCGCAAGGAGAAGAUGCGAGAGCUGGGCUCGGAAUGGAAAGAUCGCCCAGACGACCUAAUUCAGUGGAUUCUCGACCUCGCCGGAGACGGAAAGGCCAGCUCGGAGGAGGAAUUGAUUUUCAGACUACUAUUCAUGAAUUUUGCUUCCAUACAUACCACUACUUCCACCUUAGUCCACGCCCUCUACGACAUCGCCGCAAACCCCGAGCUUCAACCACCCCUCCAUGCUGAAAUCACCGGAGCCCUAAGCAAGAGCGGCAUGUCCAAGCAAUCGCUCACAAAGAUGAAGAAACUAGACAGCGUAAUCCGUGAGAGCCAACGAUUAAACACCAUCACCACAAUAACAAUGAUGCGCAAAGCCCUAGUUCCGUACACCUUCUCAGAUGGCACCCACCUCCCGGUUGGGACCUGGGUGGCCGCGCCCGCAACUGCAAUCCAUCUCUCAGCCUCCAUCCCAAACCCAACCGUCUUCGACGGUUUCCGCUGGGAGCGCAUGGGGGCGGAAGACCAGGCCUCUGGCAAAGUGGGCAAGCACGCUGCCGUCACCACAUCAUUCGAACAGCUAGCCUUCGGUCACGGGAAGCAUGCAUGUCCCGGGCGCUUCUUUGCUACGAACGAAUUGAAGAUUUUAUUGAGUCAUGUGAUUGAGCGGUUUGAGUUUCGGUGUUUGGAGGGAAAGAGACCGAAGAGCAGAUUUUUUGGCGUUGCGUGUCUGGCGGACCCGAAUGGUGUGGUGGAGUUUAGGAUGAGGUAG